AUGUCUCAGUCAGAUGCAGCCAAAAAGGUCCUGUUGAUGGGAAAGUCAGGAUCGGGUAAAUCGUCGAUGAGGAAUAUGAUCUUCGCUAAUAUGGCUGCGGCAGAUACGAGGAAACUGGGAGCAACCAUAGAUAUGGAGACCACCCCAAUCAAAUUCUUGGGUCAUUUCGCCCUCAGGCUAGUAGACUGUGGGGGACAAGACUCGUACAUGCACAACGUCUUGUCGAUGCCUGCCCGGAAUCGAAGCUCAGUUUUCUCUCAGAUAGGUUGUCUGCUAUACGUGUUUGAUGUGGAGAGUCCAGAUUUUUCAACCAUCGAUAUGAUCUGGUUCUCGAGAGUGAUUUCGGCGAUCUUAGAAACGCUUAGUGAAUCAGAGAACAUGGAAGAAUUCAAAUUGCAUAUCUUGAUUCACAAGAUGGAUUUAGUACCAGAAGAACAUCGACAGGUGGUCUUUGAAUCGAAGGCCAAAGAAGUCAGAAACAAAGUGGAGGAUUACUCGAAGGGCAAGAUCAGUGCAGACAUGAUCCAUAUCUUCAGUACUUCGAUAUGGGAUGAAACAAUCUACAAGGCUUGGUCGACAAUCGUCCAAAUGCUGAUUCCGGAAAUCGGUUCAUUGCAUGCACCGCUGGAGCGCUUUGCCAAGUUUACCUCGGCGUGCGAGGUGAUUGUGUUCGAGACGGCCACCUCGUUAGUCGUCGCUCGAUGGACGGACAAUGAUGCGACUGAGCAAAUUCAAGCGGUAGAUGAACGGCGGUUUGAACGAGCUUCAGCUGUCGUAAAAGCCUUUAAAUCCGCAUCAGCUCGAAUCAGAUCUCGGUUCAAAUCCAUGGAAAUCACUCAUCCCAUGUACACUGCAGUACUCGAUAGUCUGACAGAAACCACGGCCAUUCUGGUAGUAGCUGUAGAUCCCAAAGUUGUACCCGCCGCGAUUCAUCUAAACAUCAACCUCUCAAGGCCUUCGUUUGCCAAGUUGCCUGGACUAUCUCCAAAAGCGCCAGGCUCCCGCUAACCGAAGGGAUGGUCGAUCGAUUUGAUUGGAAGAGUAAUUGGGUUUGUCAAAGCUUGGGACGAGAAGAACAUGGUGAAGUCUCUUAGCUUCUCGAACCUCAGAUGCUGGAGUGUUUGCUUGGAAUUAUAUGACCGGCCGACUAUGAAACCUUAAGAACAGGAGGGGGAAAGACACAUUGAUUCACUCUAUUUCCAUCCAAUCCACAUAAUCAUCCUCACAUUCAGUUGGACAUUAUCGAUGGUCCCCUUCCUUCGUUGGCUACUUGGUUCGAAUCACUGGGAUUCUUUUUUUUUACGUGGCUUGCCAGUAGAAAAAAAAGGAGAAGGGAAUUUAUUUAGAUAAGACAAACGGUUGCUUCUCUUUAUGUAUCACUUUCACGCGAGCUCACAGCGAAAUUUGUAAUUACAUCAUAUAUCCCCAUGACCUCUUCCUCCAACCCUAUAUCCUCUCCCUGCCUAACUUAUUGAUAAUGUUGAUUUGUUUGCACAGAAAAAUAAACAAGCAAUUGUUAUUGUUUUGAAGUUUUGAUGGGUGGAUUGUUUGAGAAUAGUUUUGAUGAAACAAGUCCCUGCAUCAGAAAAGCCGCAUAGAUCUCAUUUCAGCU